AUGAGAGAGACCAUGGAAAAAGUCCACAAUACCACCCAUGGAUCUGGUUUUUUUGAACACUGCACGCCUCCGGUACAAAACACACCGACCUCUACUGCGGUCAGUCGCCUCCUGAGGCUUGGAGCUGUGGCUCUUGUUGUUGGUGCUGUGUUAAUGUUGUGUGCCUCCAUGGCUGCUGUCUACCUGUGGAGAGUCAGUGACAAAAAUGUUUAUAAUGUUCGUUACAGUAUGAACAUCAAUGGGGAGGUGAGGGAAGGCUCCAUGGAAAUUGAUUCUGACAACAACCUGGAGAGAUUUACAACUGGGAGUGGUGCUGGGGAAGCGGUGGAGAUUCAUGACUUUCAAAUUGGAAUAACGGGAAUCCGCUUCUUUGGAGGAGACAAGUGCUAUAUAAAAUCCCAAAUCAAAGCCAACCUUCCACACGUGGGAGUUCACAACAAAGAGUCGCUGAUGUUUGACCUGACAGAUGAAAUCAUGCCAGUGAGGUUUGAUGAGGAAUUCCUCACAUGGGUUGCUGCAGAGCAGCCACUGAAGGACACCAGUUUCCUGAGCAACAAAAUUCUGGGUCUUUGCGGGGAACUUCCAAUUUACUGGCUCCAACCUAUCUUUCCUAAAGAUGGGGAGAGGAGAAAGAGAGACACACAGCGCGCCAAACGGCAGUUUAACAUGGAGGAGUUUGAGGCAGCUGCUGAGGAGAGGGGCUCGGUGAGUCACGCAAAUAAUGACACCUCCACAGUUGAGGAGGAGGAGGAGGGGGCGCAGUCUACUGCAGGGUCAGCAUACAAUCCUGAAAACCCCUAUCAUCGCAGCAGAGGGUCCGGAGAGGAAAGUGCCAUGACCUUUGACACCAUGCUAGACCACCAGGGGAUCUGCUGCUCAGAAUGCCAACGCAGCUACACUCACUGUCAGAGGAUAUGUGAGCCUCUGCAUGGCUACUGGCCGUGGCCUUACAACUACAGAGGGUGCCAGGUAGCCUGCCGAGUCAUUAUGCCUUGUCGCUGGUGGGUGGCACGCAUUUUGGGCGUUGUGUAG